AAAAAAUCUUCUCUUUUUAUUAUAGCCACAAAAAAUUAAUCUUAUUAUCUCUUUAUUUGAUAUUGCCUCUCUGAUAAUUUUUAUAUACAGCAUUUCCAAAGACACAUUAACGUUAAAUAUCUUCUUUUAGUUAUCUUCAACAUUUCCAGCUCGUUCAUCAUGGCUUCUCCUUCUUCUUUUUCGUCUCAGAACUACAAGUUCAAUGUCUUCGCGAGCUUCCACGGGCCUGACGUCCGUAAAACACUUCUCAGUCACAUACGACUACAGUUUAACCGCAACGGGAUCACUAUGUUUGAUGAUCAAAAGAUUGUGAGAAGCGCAACGAUCGGGCCUUCACUAGUAGAAGCUAUAAAAGAAUCAAGGAUCUCGAUCGUGAUUCUCUCCAAGAAAUAUGCUUCAUCAAGCUGGUGUUUGGAUGAAUUGGUGGAGAUCUUGGAGUGCAAGAAAGCUAUGGGACAGAUAGUGAUGACCAUCUUCUACGGAGUAGAUCCAUCCGAUGUGCGGAAACAGAUCGGGAAAUUCGGGAUCGCUUUCAAUGAAACUUGUGCACGUAAGACCGAGGAGGAAAGGCAAAAAUGGAGCAAAGCUUUGAACCAAGUCAGCAAUAUUGCUGGAGAAGACUUCUUAAGAUGGGACAAUGAAGCUAUAAUGAUCGAAAAGAUUGCCAGAGAUGUUUUAGAUAAACUGAAUGCUACACCAUCUAGGGAUUUUGAUGGUAUGGUGGGAAUUGAAGCUCAUUUGAGAGAAAUAAAAUCUUUGCUAGAUUUAGAUAAUGUUGAAGUUAAGAUAGUUGCAAUCGCUGGUCCUGCUGGGAUUGGUAAGACUACUAUUGCCAGAGCUUUAUAUGGUUUACUCUCUAAAAGGUUUCAACUUAGUUGUUUUGUGGACAACCUUAGGGGAAGCUAUCAUAGUGGUUUUGAUGAGUAUGGUUUUAAGCUGCAUUUACAAGAACAGUUUCUUUCAAAGGUUUUGAACCAAAGUGGAAUGAGAAUAUGCCAUUUAGGUGCAAUAAAAGAAAAUCUAAGCGACCAGAGAGUGCUCAUCAUUCUUGAUGAUGUGAACAAGUUAAAGCAGUUGGAGGCUUUGGCUAAUGAAACUACAUGGUUCGGUCCAGGAAGUAGGAUUGUAGUUACCACAGAAAACAAAGAGCUUUUGCAGCAACAUGGUAUUAACAAUACCUACCAUGUGGGGUUUCCAUCUGAUGAAGAUGCUCUCAAGAUCUUGUGUAGUUAUGCUUUUAAACAGACCUCUCCACGUCAUGGUUUUGAAGAGCUUUCAGAAAGUGUAACAAAGCUUUGUGGUAAGCUUCCGUUGGGUCUUUGUGUCGUGGGUUCAUCUUUACGGGGGAAGAAGGAAGACGAAUGGGAAGAUGUUGUGACCAGGCUGGAAACUAUUCUUGAUCAAGAUAUCGAAGACGUACUAAGAGUUGGCUAUGAAAGUUUAGAUGAGAAUGCGCAAACACUAUUUCUCCACAUUGCAAUCUUCUUCAACAAGGAAGAUGGUGAUCUUGUGAAAACCAUGUUCGCUGAGAGUGACUUGGAUGUCAAAUACGGGCUGAAAAUCCUUGAAAACAGAUCUCUCAUAAAGAUGAAGAUUUUUAGCAAUGGGGAUACAAAAAUAGUGAUGCACAGAUUACUACAACAAAUGGGUAAAAGAGCUAUUCAAAAACAAGAGCCUUGGGAACGCCAAAUCUUAAUAGAUGCCCGGGAGAUUUGUCAUGUUCUUGAGCACGCCAAAGGUACCGGCUGGAAUGUUCAUGGUAUGUCAUUUGAUAUAUCAAGAAUCAGUGAAGUGUCUAUAAGGAAGAAAGCUUUUAAAAGAAUGCCUAAUCUUCAGUUCCUCAAAGUUUACAAAAGUAAAGAUGAUGGGAAUAAUAGAAUGCAUGUACCUGAGGAGAUGGACUUUCCUUGUCUCCUAAGGUUGUUAGAUUGGAAGGCGUACCCAAGCAAGAGUCUUCCUCCUACAUUUAAUCCAGAACAUCUUGUCGAACUCAAUAUGCAUUCUAGCCAGCUCGAGUACCUCUGGCAAGGAACUCAGCCGCUCAAGAAUCUCAAGAAGAUGGAUUUGUCACAGUCCAAGAAUUUGAAGCAACUCCCGGAUCUUUCAAAUGCUACAAAUCUGGAGUAUUUGUAUCUGAUGGGUUGCGAGAGUUUGAUAGAGAUUCCAUCAUCUAUUUCGCAUCUUCAUAAACUAGAGAUGUUGGCGACGGUGGGCUGUAUAAAUCUAGAAGUCAUACCAGCUCACAUGAACUUGGAAUCUCUUCAAACAGUCUACUUGGGAGGAUGCUCAAGACUAAGAAAUAUUCCAGUGAUGUCAACGAACAUCAGAUAUUUAUUUAUAACGAACACAGCAGUUGAAGGCGUGCCUCUUUGCCCUGGUCUUAAGACUCUCGAUGUAAGCGGCAGCAGAAAUUUCAAGGGAUUAUUAACACAUCUCCCCACGAGUUUAACAACACUAAACCUAUGCUAUACUGAUAUUGAAAGAAUUCCAGAUUGUUUCAAAUCUCUUCAUCAACUAAAAGGGGUUAAUCUACGUGGCUGCAGAAGACUCGCAUCUUUGCCAGAGCUCCCUCGUUCGCUACUAACCCUAGUGGCAGACGACUGUGAAUCACUGGAGACGGUGUUUUGCCCUUUGAACACUUUAAAAGCAAGCUUCAGUUUCGCCAACUGCUUCAAAUUGGACCGAGAAGCACGAAGAGCAAUUAUCCAACAAUCGUUUUUCAUGGGAAAGGCUGUGUUACCAGGAAGAGAAGUGCCUGCAGUGUUCGAUCACAGAGCCAAAGGAUAUUCAUUGACCAUUCGUCCAGACGGUAACCCUUACACCAGCUUUGUAUUUUGCGUUGUGGUUUCCCGUAACCAAAAAAGUGAUAAAACCAUUCCUCCCUCACUAUUGUGGCGUCGCAUCAUAGCUCAAGAUGAGGGCUAUCCCGUUGAGGUCUGGAACCGCAUAGGAGAUGUCUUCAAAUAUCGAACGGAACAUCUAUUAAUAUUUCACUUCGACUUUCUAGAAUUCGACAACAGGGAUAUAGUGUUCGAAUUCAGCAGCGAAUCCCACGACUUCGACAUUAUUGAAUGUGGUGCUAAAGUCUUGGCCGAAAAGAGCAUCAAAGAAAGCUAUGAAUCUGGAUCCGACCAAGCCUUUGAAGACGACGUUGUGUUUGAACCCAGCAAAGCCUUCGGAGACGAAAAAUACGGAGAUUGUUGUAUUUUGUAAGGACGUCGGAACUUCCGACUGACGCUUGUUUCUGGUUGAAGACAAUAGAAUCCGGAAUUGAAUUACACAGGAACUUAUCGAAGGCCUGUUGAAUUAAGGGCACGCAUCAGGCUUGUUAACCUUGCCCUGCAUAUCGCUGUUUUAGUUCUUGCUUUUUGUGUUUGAUUUGAAACGAUUUAGAGCAUUUUACAAGUGAAGACGACUUAUGAAAACUAAUGCAUUUUUUCGUGUUCUUGCACAACAUCACACAUACACACUUGGAAUGUAAGCUAACUACUUUCUGACCC